AUGUCCAGCGCCGCGUUCUUAAACUUUGGAGCUUCGACUUCACGUGCUUGUGCUGCGACAACGAGGACGAGAACGGGUGCGUUCGGGGUGCUGAAGACCUCUCGUGGUGCAGUCGCACAGGCCAAAGCCGAGCGGUCAUUCCACUGCUGUCCACCUCAACUGAAAGCCCCCGUAAAGAAAGCUGCACGUGAGUGAUCGCAGCGUUCAAAUUGGAGUCUUUAUCUGGAAAUCAACUCACGAGCCUAAGGCACGAAUGCUGUCCCAUCCUGCAGAGAAGACACGCGUGGUUCGCAAAUCCGGUACGGUCGCAGAGCGGCCUCGCGGUUCUGGGCCUCGAAGGGCAAACACGGCAGGAACUCAUACGAAGCAGGCGCCUUUCUACGAGCUGAGCAUCGUCAGGUCCAACUUACCCGUCUUGGAUGCUCAGGUCUACGCAGAAGGCAAUGUCGGCAGAGCGUACGCGUGGAAUCAGCAAAUUACCACUUUGUCCAGGGAGACAUUGUUGCCUCAUCGCAUUCAGCAGGAUGUGCGUACUGCUGAAAUGAUUUCCUGCCUCGAGUUAGUGCGCUUACUCCAUGCAAUGCUUGUAUCUGUGUAGAUCCCGAGGACCAUCCUUCGCUCGACAACGCUCCAGCUUCAAUCAGCUCUUGACCAAGCAGCUGCGUCAGUCGACAGUCCAAGACAUUUGCUCGUUGGAGGACCUUCCACGGGAAAGUCGCACAUCCUGCUUCAAGCAGUGUCCUAUGCGCUCGGCAAAGGGUACAUUGUCGCCUACAUCAAGAGCGGUAUCAACUUGAUUCGAGGAACGUCGGCCUUCGUCUACGCGCCAAAGCUGCAAGUAUAUGCCCAAAGCUUCUUGGAGCGGCGUAUUGCGGAGUCUUUGCGGGUGCAAGAAUUGCUAGCAGAGGUGCCGGUGAUCGAAUCUCCGCUAAGGGAGCAAACAAAGGGUGCCUACUUCGGAUCAUGCAAGACGUUGGCAUCCUUCGCGGCUUCAGACAAGACGCUUCCGGUCCCUCGUUCCGCAGCGUUUGCUCUUUUGCUGCAGAGCUUGAGCCAGCAGACCAAGGUGCCUUUCCUACUGGCGAUCGACGAAGCUCAAGCUCUCUACAUGCAGAGCGCAUACACGGACGUAGAUCACAAACCCCUUCAAGCUUGGGAGUUGUCUCUCCCUCGGACGCUCUUGUCGGCCAUGCAGCAGGGUCCGCAGCGGGGUGCGCUCAUGGGCGCAAUUGGCAUGAGCUCUACGCAGUGGUAUCCGACACCGGCCCUCUUGAGAUCCAUCAACAGGCCCGAUUUGGAUCCUGCGGCGAUGGGCUUGAAGAGAGAUCUUCCUUACAACCCAUACACUCAUGAGGAAGAGCUCAACGAAAAGCACGCCAAAGAAAGCAGGUGGUCUGCUCUGGAUGUGCCUCCUCUCACUGAUGUGGAGGCAAGAGGUCUGUGGGAGGUCAAGCGAAGGGAAGGCGGGUAUUGGAGCAGUGAGUUGUUGCUUCCUCAGAUGUCUGCGACGCCUCUUGUCUACACGCUUGCUGAAACAGGCUCUCUGCCUUCAUUGUAGCCCCAAACGAUGAGCUAUUCAUCUCCAAAUACCUAGAGUCUGCUGGCAAUAUCGGCGCUUUCUCAAAGAGUUUGGUGCGGACUUCCCUAUAA